AUGGACGGAGACGGCUUCGACGACUGGGGCUCGCAGACGUCGGCGAACGGCCCCGCCCGCGCUCCCGCUGCCGGCGCUCCCGCUGUCGGCUUCGACCUCAACUCUGAAGCGCCGGCCGGGGAGGGGUUCCCGGGAUUGGGUCUCUACGGAUCAAUCCUCCAGGGCGACGACGACGAGAUCCUCCCAGGCCGCGAUAGGGGCUCCGGGCUCCCUCCCUAUCGCCAACCGCGUGUCGGAGCCAGAGCCGGAGACGGAAGGGCGACUUCGGCACAACCCUUUGCUCGCCAGCUGAACUUUGGAGGCUCGUCCUCGGCGGCUACCGGUCGCAGAAGAGGAAACGGUGGCGUCUUCCCAGGCGGGUCAUCUUGGGGCGAAUUGUGCCUGGAGCAACGUGCAGCAGGAACAUAUAAUGGUUCACAAAUGAGUGGUGAAGGUUACGAAGCCGUUAUCGAUGGCUUACUGGCUAGAAGGCGUUUGCUUUAUAACCGUUUACAGGUGAAGAACCAAAUACUCAUACUGAAAAGCACCUACUCUUUCUGGCGUUACAUGCAAACACACACGGGAUUGGGGAGGAAACCAGAUGGAUCCAUUGAUGCCGACUCUGAUUUCUGGAUAACAAAUACAGAGGGGCAAGAUGAAGAGUCAGAGGAAGACUUCCAAACAACACCUAGAAGUACAAGCACCCAAAGGAGCCAGAAGGGCAAGAGGUCAUUAAGCACUUCAAGCACUUUGUCAAGUCCAGUGAAGAAAAGCAAGAGCCCAAUGGUGAAGGCUGUGACGGACAUAGCCAGUACCUACAAGGAGUCCGUCGCAAUCAACACUAAGAAAAUGCAGAAACGUGCAAUUGAGAAGGCUGCAUGUUCUGUCGAGAGGUGUCAAGAGCUGGCAUUUGAGUGUGGCGUUGAGCGAACCGUUGAAGCUGUCUAUGCUAUGUCCAAGAUGUUCGAAACAAAGUACCAAAGGGAGUUCUUCUGUGGCAAAUUAACUCGUGACCUUAGGUUGGGGUACUUUAAGAAAUGGUGCAGGGACAACAAUAUGGAGUAG